GACCCGUGCGGAGCUCUAUUCGGUUUAGCUACUUUUUUUUAGUAGUGCUGUUCACUAUAGGGUUCUCGGUUGUCUCUCAGUGGUGCUUUGGUGUUUUAGCGUUGUGAUGUGGGUGUCAAGUGUCUCCAAAGUGGAAAUUAGGUCUACUUCCAACUCUUCUGAUUGGAACAGGAUACAUGUGCAGCAAACUAGGUGGGCCUUGCAUACUCAUCUACUUGUGUGUUAGAGUUGACAUCCUAUGUUUUUUAAAUAAAUUGCGCACAUUGCAUAGAUUAGUCAUAUACUCAGUAUUUGGGAAACACUAAAACUUGGCCAAAUAGUUUUUAUUUUUGUCUGACUUCAUUUUAAGAAAUGUCAAUAAACUAAUGGCACUACAUGAUGGUGCACAACAUUCAAUUUCAAUAGUUGUCUUUUGCGUGGCCAUGUUAUCUUUACUCGGGCCCUUGAAUCCUUCUGCAGGUUCUAUGGAACUUCAGAGGAACAAAAAUACAGUUAAAAGAAUAUUGACAAUUGAUGUUAUUCCUUAGAUAUGACUUGAAGAAUAACAAGAGUACUGGUGAUAUUCCAAUGUGUAGUGACAUUGUUAACUGUGAUAAGGAUCACCAUAGUCUACCAAUUACCAAAGAAGAAGUAAGAAAAGGUGUGGGUGUUCUUUCAAAAGCAGUCAGUCCAGAGGUAGCUAAAAAGAACGAGAAACACCAAGUGUUAGAGAUAUUGAAAAAGAUGGCAGAGGAAAACAGAAAACAUGAACAGCAAGUGAUAUCUAAAAAUGUUGGUGCAAGUAACUCUGUAUUAUGUAAUUCACAGGAUAAAAAUAAAAACAGUAAUUUUGAUGAGAAAAAUUGCACUACUGACUUUAUGGAUAACAAAGAAAUAAUAAGCAAGUUGGCUAAUGAAGGAAAGUCUGGCCAUAAAUUUUCAUUCCUGGAAAACUGUGUUCCAACAAAGAGACAGAAUCUAGAACAUGUUGACAAACUUGUAGAACAUGUUCCCAAAGAAAGUUUAGAUAGAAAAGAAAUAUUAUCUUUGGCGCAAGGCUCUAAGAAACCUAUUAUAAAGUGUCAAGAGAUUCAGAAAAUAUUUGAAAAAUUAUCAGAUCAUGUUCCUUGUCCUAAAACAAAAGUUGGUGAAUUGCCUAAGCUACUUUCACAGAAGCACCCAGCAAAAAUUUCAGUUCUUAAAAAGAACACAGAUCAUAUAAAAAGAAACCAGGAUAUAAAACAAACUAGAGAUCACCACAAGUACAUGACGUCAUCAACUAAAAUUGGGUCAUCUCAAACGAGAAACUCAAACCUGAAGAUGAAACAUGUGAGAAUAAACAAGCAAAAUGAAUGCUAUCUCAGCUUGAAAGCAAUCAAAGACAGUGGAUCGUUUGAAGACGGCAAAACCAACAAUAAGAAUUGUGAAACAUGUAUGAAAGGCAAUGAAGAAAUGUAUAAGUUGAAAACCAAAUUAAAAGACCCGAAGGAAAAAAAGGAAGAAGCUACACAAGAAAUCCAUAACCCGAUAACUAAACUCAAGAACCAAACAGAAGAAAGAGAUUUUCUUCAUAAUGUUGCAAAUCAACAAAUUGUUGAUAAAUUAUCUAGCAAUAAGCAAAAAACGUGUAUUGAAAAGCCUAGUAUGUGUGCUGAAAAAAAUGUACCAAAAACUCUCGAAUUCAGUAAGGGUAGUACCUCUACAGGACCCAGCCAGGAGAGAAAAAUGUAUUGUCACAAAAAGAGAAAAGAUAGUACAAACACAUUACCAAGUCAACAACUAAAACUUUCACAAAUGUUCAAUCAGGUUGCUGAGCAAAAAGGUUGUAGAAGUCUGAAAGAAAAUGCAAAGACAAAAUAUAGUGAAAAUGAAAUAUCUGAUAAAAAUACCAGUGAAAAAAAUUUGGAAUCCUCCAGUACCUUACAAAGUAAGAAAGAACUUCUACAUUGCCAAAAAUCAAAGCUAAAAAAUACGAUUCCAAUUAUUUUAUCUCCACCUACCACUUUGGCACUUGGACAUUCAAAUAAAGGAUCAGAUAGAUCAAUAAACGAUAUCUUACAGAAACUAAAAGAGAAUGGAUUAAAGAAAGAGACUGCACAAAAUCAAAAGGAAAUGCCUAUUAAGCGUCUGAUAGCUAAACUGACAAAUAAUGCAUUUGAAAACAUUAGCUCUGUUCCCAUGCAUUCACAAAGUGAAGAAGUAAGCCAAACAAUUGUAUCCGUCAAUACUAAGACUACAUUGAAGAAUGCUUUCGAAAAAGCCAAUCAGAAUCAGUCAAUAAAUGAUAAUGAGCAAAGCAAAAAUGAAGUUUCGAGAAACUCAAGUCUUAUAGAUGUGUCAGCAGAACAAAAUAACGAAACUGAGAGAGAAAAUAUUUUAAGAAGCAUAUUAGAUGAUUUGAAAAAAUGUUUCAAAAAAGAUACAGACGGUGCUGUCGAAGGUACUCUCAUGAGAUUUCAUGAACCUCUCAAUGACAAUGAAAACCGAGACGUUCAAAAAACCUCGUCAGCUCUUGACACCGUCAAAAAUGAUCAGCAGAUUUCUCUUAAAAACAUUUCACCUAAACCGAGCUCAGGAAAAUCGAAUAAAACGGUUGAUCGUUCAAUAAAAAAUCUGACAAAAAGCAACUCGAAUGUAAAUACACGUGAUGAAUUUUGUAUGAAAAAUAAAAUGAAAUUAUCAGACGUUAGAAGUUCUUCAGAAAAAUUAUGCAACAAUGGAUCAGACUUUAUGGCUGGUUCACAAACUCUAUCUUUCAAAUCUAAACAAAUGUUUGUACCUGAACUAAAAUCUAAAGAAAACAUUGAUAAUGACAAAUUCAUUAAGAACAUAUAUGAAAAAAUGCAUCAUGAAGCUAAAAGUCAGGCAUCAAGCAUCAAAAAUUCUUUGAUUGUAUGUCCAGCGAAUUCAGUACCUGGUCGUAAACUUAACGUAGAAACUAGACCAUCUAUGGGUAGAACAAUUGUACAAAACUCCCAAAUUUCAAUGAAUCAACAAUUAAUUUUCCAAGAAGAAGACCUGCUCACCAAUUCUGUAUUCUUACCAAAACUAUGCGGCCUAGCAUCUCAGUCAGCAAAAUUUGACUCGCAGAAUCAAAAAGAUGAAAACAAUAACAGAUGCUUUGUCAAGGCUCAAAUUGAAACUCCAGUUCAAGCUAAUUGUCAACACGAAAAAAACGGGGAAGUGUCUAUUGUUGAAAAAAUAACCAAUAAUAAAACUGUGAAUCUUGUUGAGAAAUAUGACAUGUCUAAUAAUAGUCUUUUAACAGUUAAAGGACAUUGUGCGGCAGAUAAAAGUGAAGAGAGUGUGAUUAAAAACGAUGCAAAGUCUCAGGUGAUAAGUAUGAAAGCGAACGAAUUACUAUCUGAUGAAUUGGUUAACACAAUACUAACAAAAAACUACGAGCAGUGCAUGAGACUGAAAGAAAUAAGAUCAGCUGAAUUUAUUGCAAACUUCAUAGACAAAAUUGAAAACCGGAAAGCUAAGGGAGUAGUGAAAAAAUACAGGAAAGGCAAGACGAAAAUAUACCGCCUGAAAAAAAUGAAAAGAGUUAGUAAGGAUAUCGAGAAAGAAGAAAAUUUGAACUUUGAAGAUGUUUUCAAAAAACUUACGCAAGAUUUUCAAGGACCAGCUAGGUGUAGCUCACCACCUGAAACUUUUGUAUCAACACCUUCGUCAUAUAUAUCUGUCAACACCUUGAGGUCUGAAGCUUUGUCUACUGGGUCAAAAGAUCUUGAUUCGCCUGGGAGGAGACUACGUCAAGGUUUCAACAAGAUUUCGAAAGAUAAGUCCUUGCUGAAUUAUGAAAAUACAUUUGAUAGUAUCAGCGCAUCGGACAGAGAUGAAAUAAAAAUGAAAAUCCAGGAUAUAUUUCUGCAGAUUUUCAGCGAUUUGACAAGUGGAAGACGAGCAGCGUUGAAGUUUAAAAGACGAUGUUACGAAAACUGCAUUAUGAAGGAUGGAAUAUUACAGUUGAAACCUGAGGGAGAGGCACUUGAAUCGAUGCUCAGUUCCACUGUGACAAGGAGUCACAUGAAUUUCAAACUGGUGAUAUUUAUAAUGAAGAAGAUACAAGUUUUGCUAGAAACGAAUAGCAAACUGACGAAAAGGGAAUUGUAUUAUCAACUAAAAGAUAUGAUCAGUGGACAGGGCGUUGUAGACAGAGCUAUUAACUUGGUGAGUUGUCUUUUAGACGUCGGCAUGUGGGCAUUGAAUAUUAUAGCCCAGAAAGGAUUGAUUUUUGGAAACUUGAAGAUCAUGCUAUCCUCUGGUGAAACAAUAAAUUGUAAUGUACCAGGAACGCUGAUUCCUCAGGACAUCAAUGAUAUAGUAGAAAUCCACUCAGACGCCUACUUUAUACUAGUCGUUGAGAAGGAGGCAAUUUUCCAGAAACUCUUAGAGGAAGAUAUUCCAAACAAACUUACAAGACCGUUCAUAAUGAUAACUGGAAAGGGAUUUCCCGAUUUGAAUACUCAACUGUUCCUGAGGAAACUGUGGAUUAUUAUGAGUAUUCCAGUUUUCAUCCUAGUUGAUGCAGAUCCACAUGGGAUCAAUAUUAUGCUGAAUUAUAGAUUUGGAUCUGUUGCAAACGCUCAUGUGUCUCACCACUUGGCAGUACCGAAAGCACGGUGGUUAGGUCUGUUUCCUUCGGAGAUAACAACGUUCAACGUUAAGAAUCAAGCAAUGUCUUCCAAUGAACAGAAAAUGGUUGAAAAGUUGUUGAAGACUCCUUAUAUGGAAGACAACCCUGGAAUUGUAGAGGAGCUGAAGAUCCUGAAACAAAAUAACCUCAAGGCUGGACUUGAAGGACUCAUAAAGACUGAUUUAUUUCUAAGUCAAAAGUACCUGCCGUAUAAGUUUCUUCACCAGAAAUUUAUAUAAAUAUCCUUUGUGUUAAUAUUGUGAUGUUUGAUUGUGAAAAAUCUAAUUGACUUUUUGUUAAGUUUCAUUCUUGAUGAUAUUAAAUAGUGAAGGUUU